GUGCAGCGGCAGCUGGGCGCCAUCCUCCAGCCGGGCGUCAACAAGUUCUCCCUCCGCAUGUUUGGCAGCCACAAGGCGGUGGAAAUCGAGCAGCAGCGGGUCAAGUCCGCCGGCUUUUGGAUCAUCCACCCGUACAGCGAUUUCAGGUUUUACUGGGACUUGAUCAUGUUGCUGCUCAUGGUGGGGAAUUUGAUCAUCCUUCCUGUGGGCAUCACUUUUUUCAAGGAUGAGAACACCCCGCCCUGGAUAGUCUUCAACGUCCUCUCGGAUACCUUUUUCCUCGCCGACCUGGUCCUGAACUUCCGCACGGGCAUCGUGGUGGAGGACAACACAGAGAUCAUCCUGGACCCACACACCAUCAAGAUGAAGUACCUCAAGAGCUGGUUCCUGGUCGACUUUGUCUCUUCUAUCCCUGUCGACUACAUCUUCCUCAUCGUAGACCUGGAGACCCAGGUGGACUCCGAAGUCUACAAAACGGCGCGGGCGCUGCGCAUCGUCCGCUUCGCUAAGAUACUCAGCCUCCUGCGUCUCCUGCGCCUAUCCCGGCUCAUCCGUUACAUCCACCAGUGGGAGGAGAUCUUCCACAUGACGUACGACCUGGCAAGCGCCGUGGUGCGUAUCUUCAACCUCAUCGGGAUGAUGCUCCUGCUGUGUCACUGGGAUGGCUGUUUGCAGUUCCUCGUCCCCAUGUUGCAGGACUUCCCUGAAGACUGCUGGGUCUCCAUCAACCACAUGGUGAAUGACUCGUGGGGGAAGCAGUACUCUCAUGCCCUCUUCAAGGCCAUGAGUCACAUGCUGUGCAUCGGGUAUGGUCAGCAGGCACCUGAGGGCAUGACUGAUGUUUGGCUGACAAUGCUGAGCAUGAUUGUGGGUGCCACCUGCUAUGCCAUGUUCAUCGGCCAUGCCACUGCACUCAUCCAGUCACUGGACUCCUCUCGGCGGCAGUACCAGGAGAAGUACAAGCAAGUGGAGCAAUACAUGUCCUUCCACAAGUUGCCGGGAGACACACGCCAACGGAUCCACGAGUACUACGAACACCGUUACCAGGGCAAGAUGUUUGACGAGGAAAACAUCCUGGGGGAAUUAAGCGAGCCCCUCAAAGAGGAAAUCAUCAACUUCAACUGCCGCAACCUGGUGGCCAACAUGCCCCUUUUUGCCAACGCCGACCCCAACUUCGUGACGGCCAUGUUGACCAAGCUGCGUUUCGAGGUCUUCCAGCCGGGGGAUUUUAUCAUCCGGGAAGGCACCGUGGGCAAGAAGAUGUACUUUAUCCAGCAUGGUGUGGUCAGCAUCCUGACUCGUGGCUCUAAAGAAAUGAAGCUCUCAGAUGGCUCCUACUUUGGGGAAAUCUGUCUCCUGACGCGCGGCCGGCGCACAGCCAGCGUCCGUGCCGACACCUACUGCCGCCUCUACUCGCUCUCGGUGGACAACUUCAAUGAGGUUUUGGAGGAGUAUCCCAUGAUGCGCCGGGCCUUUGAAUCCGUAGCCAUGGACCGGCUAGAUCGCAUAGGGAAGAAAAACUCGAUCCUGCUGCGCAAGCGGGCAGAACACAGCUCCAGCUCCAUGAACAACGAGAUCAUCCAGCAAAUCGUCAGACACGACCAGGACACGGCGCAGAGCAUCCAGGACCUCCAGCCGGUGGCGGCUGGGCGGGAGCUGAGUGGCAAGCCAGUGAUCUGGGAGCCGCUGGUGCACGCCCCGCUGCAGACCGCUGCCGCCACCACCAACGUGGCCAUCGCAUUGACGCACCAGCAGAGCUUCGCCGCUCACAUCUUCCUGCCCCCUUCAUCCGUCUCCAGCCCUCUCUCCCCCGACUCUGCCCUCCUCCCUCGCCACCCCCGGCACUCCCAACCCAGCCUGGGGGGCUCCCGCCCUUCCUCAGUCAGCUCUCCCGCUUCGGGGACACAGUCCCACUUACAGACACCGGCUGCUGGGUCCCCGUCCUCCCCCAUGGUCCAGUGCCCAUUGCCCUUGGAGAGCGCUGGGCCCCGCAGCGGCCCUCUAGGGCAGCCCGUCCCUCGGCCAGUGCAGACAGGAGAACCCGUCCCAGGAACAAGCCAGCCUCAGCUCUCCAAGUCCCGUGGCGCGUCUGUCUCCACCUCACUUCUGCAACAGCCAGCGAGCUCCUCAUCACUCCCACCUGGACGAACUCUCCACUACAGCCUCUCCCGGGCCACCGGGUCCCACAUUUCCCUCUUUCUGCAGCCCCAGCAGCUGGUGAAACACCGGAGCACACAAGGCCUCUCGGCAGGCCGCCUCACCCAGAACGUCCGGCCGCUUUCAGCCUCCCAACCCUCCUUGCCCAACCGGCUUGCCCAACAAGUGGACAUGGGUCCCCCCCAACAAGCCAGGAAGUCAGCCAGGAAUCUGACGCACCGGUCAUCUCCUUCGGUCCCUGGGCUCCUAGCCAAACCAGGCCCCAGCACAGCUGGACAGCUUGCUUCGCCACAGCAGGCACCUUUGGGUUCCAGCCAGUCCAUGAGCGCGGGAAGCACCCCACAGUCCCCUGCCUCCACGCCUCGGCAUGUGGCUGCCCCAUCCCGCAAGGGUUCCGUGGCAUUUAGUCCCGAUGUGGAUACUGGGAAGCCUAAGUUCACAUCCAACAUGUGA